AUGGUUGAUGUGGAUUGCAUCGGUAUCCAACAGCAUCCCCCAAUAGACUGCUCAACAUGUGUGGAUGUUGUUGAACUGCAGUGGAUUUGUAGAGAACGUCAAAAAGAUUGCACAGAAGGAUGUAGGAUCAUGCCGGCCAAAAUCAAUGUAAAAAUAGUCGCUGGUCGCAAUUUUCCCGUCAUGGAUCGGGCGAGCGAUUUAGCCGAUGCAUUUGUUGAGGUCAAGUUUGGUAGUAAUACUUACAAAACUGAUGUUUGUAAGCGUACACUUAAUCCUUCUUGGAAAUGCGACUGGUUUCGCUUUGAGGCUGAUGAUGAAGAAGUACAAGACAGAUGCUUGGAAAUAAAGGUUCUAGAUCAUGAUACGUAUACCGCCCACGAUGCUAUUGGAAUGGUUUAUGUCUGCCUUACUCCGCUAUUGCAAAGGAGUUCUUCCCAACAACUAUCGGGUUGGUUUCCGGUUUAUGACACGCUAAGAGGUGUCCGCGGUGAGCUGAACAUUAUAGUCACGGUAGAAUUAUUUCGUGAUUUUAAUAAAUUUAAAGAAUCCUCUUGUGGUGUGAAAAUGUUCUCCUCCACUGAAAUACCUCAUGGCUACCAAAUCACAAAUAUUCUAGGAUUGGUUGAAGAAUUAGUAGUAAACAAUGAUCCUGAAUACGAGUGGCGCGAUAAAAUCAGAAGCUCAAGAACUUCCAAUCAAGCCCGGCAACGUCUUUUGCAACGACUUUCAGGUGAAGUACAACGAAAAACUGGGAAUAAGGUUAUUGAACUAAAUGGAAAUGCUGUCUUGGGGUAUAGACAAUGCAUUGACGUUGAAGGUGAAUCCGGCAUUGUGGUACGAGGUAUUGGCACAGCAGCUGUAAUUAGAAAACUUAGUAUUGUAUCAUCGCCACAUUUAUCUACUACUCACUCACGAAUUACUAACAUUGAUGACCAAACCAUUGGUAGUCCUGACAGAAUUGAAAGACCAAAAAAAGCCUUUAAAGACAAGAUUAUUCAAGAAGUUAGUUCGUCUCCAAUCGAUAUCGACCUUCAUAAUCAAAUUCAAUCGAAAGCACCCUCGACACCAGUAAAAAAUCGUUGUAUCAGUGUAGGAAAAGAUGGCAAUUUAUUGAUACAUGCAUCAUCAACAUCUUCCUCGGAUGGAAUUCCAUCAGGACCUAGCGUGAAUCCAAUCGUACCAACAUGGCAACCACCAUCGGGUUUCGAUACGACCGAAUUUAAAUUCUUUACUAUCUCGUCGUUUCCUGCUGGAUUUCUGAAAUCUGUUGGUGGGAUUGUAUCAGCUAGAUCAGUUAAGCUGCUAGAUAAAAUCGAUAAUCCCGAUGAAUCGGAAGUACGGGAUUCGUGGUGGCGCGAACUACGAUUGGAAAUUCAAUCUCAUGCAAAAUUGCUUGAAUGUGAUUGUGUGGCCGGCUACUCUGAAAGCUUGUCGAUAUGGGAAGAACCUCAUAAUUCUGGUUGUGGAAUUUACCAUAUUCCUUAUCAAGAAAAUGAAUUGCCUUUACCCACAAAAAUUAACUUAUGUAAUUUUUGCAGUCGAGGAAGGGUCCCAGACGUACUGUUUAAUACUAUUGAAACACCUCCUGAAUUUGCUAUACGUGGACGAGGAUGCUAUAUACAAGCUAGAGUCAUUCGCAGUACAAGAAAGGCUCAAAAGGAAUCUCAUGCUUAUAUUGUCAAUGAGAUAAAAGGAAUGAAUAGUUUAUUUGGUCUACAAAUCAAUGUUUCCAUAGGUGAUACGGCAAUGGCUGCUGUAGCGACCGCAACAGCCGUUUAUUUGACGGCUUUACCGUCCCCUGAUACGCCAGAUUUUAUUAAUAAUGCAGAGACAAGUGGAUCCGAUGUGCACGCAACUUCAUUAAAAAUCAUUCAGCAGCAGUUACGGGAAACGUUAGCAACCAAUACUCAACUGUACGGUUUGCAAGAAGAAAAUACCGACAGAAAUACUGCAUCUCCAACCGACGAAGUCAGAACUCCAACUGAUGUUGUCAAUCCCACCAUACGAGAUCCAGGCCGACAUCGAAGAACCGAAAGCAAAGGAGGAUUAACAGAAAUGAAAAUUGCUGAAGAUAGUCCGGUUAAACAGUUAGCUUAUUUACAGGUUGAUGACUUGUCUACUGAAACGCUAUCGGUACUCCUAGACGAGCAAUUACCAAAGGGUUUAUACCAAUGUAAUACUGACUGCCUUCCUGGGAUCAGAUAUUUAUCGAGCACUUUUCAAUACCUUCAUUUUAAAGCACGAAAGCAAUUACCUUGUUGUUUAUGCGGCAUAAAUCAUACACUUAGAUUAAAUGGCGAUGAAAUCGAGCUAUACACGGUUGCAACAUUGCUCAAGCUUGAAAGAAAGAUAAGUUUCGGAAGCUCCGAUAACGCUGUUAUUGAAGGAAAUGUUACGGUACAAGCUGAUGGCAGCCAUACGAAUAUGAUCUUCCAAUUUGAAGAUAUGAAUGAGCAAGUUCAGCCGCAUCCAAAGAUUAAAAAAGAAUAUAAGCCUACAUCUGUAUUAGUAACUACGACAUCACAGAUUCCAUCCGGUCGAGUAGAUUGUUACCUUGGAUAUUUUAAUAUGUCAUUCAUUCGUGAAAGUACCUCGAUUAGAGAGUUUGGUGAUAAAGCUGGCUUUAUUUACCGAGCACUAACUGAAGUUCAUGCCAUCAUACGAGCUUACACGCGCGCUAUCGGUGGUAAUGCCUUUUUAUCUUACCGUUUAAAUGAAUUAUUCAUCGAAGACAAUACUCACCGGAAUCAGGGUCAGUGCUUAAUUAAUAUUAGUGGCGAUGUAGCUGAAGUGACUGUAUAUGAAGAUUCGACUUCAUCAGUACGAAGAUCUACUAGUUACCUUAAUAGCAUGAAACGAUCUACAGAGACACUCUGCUGA